AGCGACUGGGCCAGAUUUCCACUUCCAAAGGAAAUUGCAACAACGAUUUGUUCAGACUCUUUGAGAACAUACCGUCUCGCACCACUGUCAGGAGUGAGCGUAACAAUGGCAGCUUGUCAUAUACAGCAAUGAGCCAUGUUGCUGAUCCUCCUGGCUUCUGCCGCCUGUUUCCAUGGCGUCAGUGCCGGCUAUGGUCAGAGGUCCACAUUGGCCAGGCAACAGUUUACCAAGCCUCUCCAGGGAACGCUUGCGGAGCACUGCAAAGACUAUGAAACCCAGUUUGAGAUAGUCUUCACCGUUCCAGGGGAUGCUGCAGUGCUCAACUGCACGCUGGCCAGUCCUGAUGUUUUUGACCUCCACAGCACCCCGUACAAUAUCUCCUGGUAUGACUGUAAAGCUGGGAGAGAGCUCUCUGAAGACCUGGGGCAGUUCCAGGUCAGGGGGACCAUGCUGUGGUUUCUGAACAGUACACUGGAGGAUGCAGGCCAUUAUCAGUGCAUUCUGAGAACCCCUAAUGGCUGCUUUAAACAGAAGUCAGUUCUGAGGGUGGAUACAGUCAAAGCUGGGAGCUGUGGUCGACCAGAUACAUCCCGGCAGAUGCUGACCACACAGACAAACAGUUUCCUUGUUUGCCCAUUACUUGAGUACAUAAGCCAAGCGGACAGUUACUCUAUUCAGUGGUAUAAGGAUUGUGAACGUCUUCUGGAAGGAGACAAGUUCUCCCACGUGGGAGGACACAGACUUCUCGUGCGACACGUUGUUGUCAGUGAUUCAGGACUCUACACUUGCAGAGUGACGUUCAACCUGACUGGGACCAUAGGGUAUGCUGCUGAGACCAUCGAGUGCGACAUUAAGGAAAAUGGUGUGAAAAACAAAAAAACAUCCAGUGAGCAGCAGUUCUGCGGGCAGAAACGCGUUGUUAAUGAGAGAGAACAAUGGAGCCUGCGACCCAUUGUCUAUCAGCCAGUAAAUGAAAUGGUCAAAGCAGAGUACGGAGGACAUUUCAAUAAAACCUGUCGGGUAUUUGUGCCAAGCAAGGGAAAUCUAUCUGUGGAUAUCUACUGGGCGUCUGAGUUCGAAUUCAUUUCCACAAACCUUUCAGACCGGGUUCACCAGCUUCAUCUAAGUGAAGAAAAUGUGGAUGAUGGGGUGUUGCUGGAAGUGCUGCUUAAUUUCACAAAUGUAAAGGAAGAGGAUUUUAACCAGAAUUACACGUGUAUGAUCUUCAGCGAUAAAGGCGUGGUCACCAGUGACUUCAUUUUGCAGCCAUCCGAUCGAAACGGCAUAAUUCACCCGGUACUUCUGUUUGUCAGUUUGGCAGUAACCUUCUUAAUCAGUGUCACUGCUUAUAAAAUAUUCAAGAUCGACAUCGUUUUGUGGUGCAGAAGAUCCUUUCCCUAUCUCUACACAAGAACAGGGUCUGAUGGGAAGGUGUACGAUGCAUAUGUGGUGUACCCCAGAAUGUGCUGGAAUGGAUUCCAUGGGUCUGCCGAGACCUUUGUCAUCCACACUUUGCCCCAGGUCCUGGAAAAGAAGUGCGGAUACAAGCUCUUCAUCUACUGCCGGGACAGCCUUCCUGGGGAAGCCGUGGUGGACAGUGUCCAAGAGAACAUCUCCAAGAGUCGCCGUCUCAUCCUCCUGUACACAGGCUCCAUGUUCUCCGAGCUGGCGUCCACCCUCCGCUUUGAGCAGGAGAUAGGCAUGCACACGGCCCUGGUGGAAGGGACGGUCCAGGUCAUCCUGGUGGAACUGGAGGAGGUCACAGACUACUCGCUCUUCCCCCAAUCUGUCCUCCACUUGAAAAGAAAGCAGGGGGCCAUACAGUGGUGGAAGGCAGCCAAUAAGGCGACAGGCCACUCUCAGCUUUGCCCCUCUUCCAGAUUCUGGAAACAAGUACAGUACCAAAUGCCAGUGAAAAGUAGCCAUGCGUCCUCUUUGCAAUAGCAUGGAUGUUGGAUGUUUAAAGGUCCUCGAUGGCAUGGUGCAUGCCCCACUGUGUUUGGUUUGGCACAGCAAUCAUUUUGCCUAUUGGUUUGACAGCAACCACUUUGUUGAGGCUAAUUGGAGAGUCUAAGCAUGUGACACUCUCAUGUGAGUCGAUGAGCAUGUGAGUGAAUGGUGUGUGUGCCCUGUGAUGGACAGAUCACCUGUUCAGGGUGUACUGUAUUCCUGCAUUUCCCUCAGUGCACACUGGGAUAGGCUCCAGCACCCACCGCGACCCUGACCAGGAAUAAGCUGGUUGGAUGGACAGAUGGAUGGGUGGAUGAAUAUAGACCGGAAACCUGUUGAAAUCUUGAUUGAAGAAACUGAAUGGAGUUCACGAUCACAUUGUUUUGAAUAUGGAUUGAACUAUUUUGCUAAAUGACGAUCAUGUGCACAUUCCGAACUAUGAAAUUUAUUCUGCAAUAAAUGGGAAUGUGAAGGAUGUGUUGCUCUGUUGUGUCUGGCACAUAACAGGCCUCUCACGCUUCAAUAAUCACUCUAAAUAAAGGCCAAGAUCACAGUUUUUUACAA